AUGUCUAAUCGAGGAAUCCCUCCAAAGUCUUCGUCGCUUCCACGAGACGUCCUCAGUAAGCUUCAGGUCGACUUGAAAGUAGAUGUCGAGGAUGCGCGUCAGAAAUACGACAUCGAAGGAUUGCUAAGUUUUCAAAGACUUGCCAAUUAUUUGGCAGUUGCGCAAAUCUUUCUACAAUCGAAUACCCGCUUGACUGAACCACUCAAGAAAGAACACGUCAAGAGACGGUUACUAGGACAUUUCGGAACAUGCCCCGGCCUCAACCUGACAUAUGCACACGCUUCGUCACUUAUAUCCCGACAUGCAAAGCAAGGUGACGAUGUUCGAAUGAUCUAUGUCACCGGUCCUGGUCAUGGUGCGCCGGCUGUCUUGGCUAGUCUUUAUAUCGAAGGGUCGAUUUCUCGGUUUUACCCUCAGUAUGGAAUGCACGAAGAUGGGUUCGAUAAAUUUGUUAGGUCCUUUUCUUGGCCAGGAGGGUUUCCAUCACACGUCAACGCCGAAACGCCUGGCGCUAUCCACGAAGGUGGAGAACUUGGAUACGCACUGGCUGUAUCAUAUGGAAGCGUCAUGGACAAGCCGGAUCUGAUCACAGUUUGUGUGGUUGGAGAUGGUGAAUCUGAAACCGGACCGACUGCUACUGCAUGGCACGCACACAAGUUUAUUGAUCCUGCAGAAAGUGGUGCGGUCCUACCUAUUCUCCAUUUGAACGGGUUCAAGAUCUCAGAACGCACCAUACCCGGAACUAUGGACGAUCUAGAAUUGGUUGCACUUUUUACCGGCUACGGUUACCAAGUCCGGUUCGUCGAGUACGGCGACCUCGCCCAAUCUAAAGAAGAGCAUACUAAAAAGGAAAUCGAGCUAAAUGCAAAUAUGGCCGUCAGUAUGGAGUGGGCCUACAGUGAAAUCAGGAAAAUCCAAAAAGCUGCCCGGAAUGGAGAUCCGAUUGAGAAACCCCGUUGGCCGCUUAUUAUCAUGCGGACCCCCAAGGGGAUGACUGGCCCUCGGUCCUUGAAGGAUACACCCCUCGAGGGCUCAUUCCAUUCGCAUCAAGUGCCACUAGCCAAGGCCAUGUCCGAUGACGAUCAACUCAAAAUUCUCUCGGAAUGGUUGGGGAGCUAUGGUAUUGAAGAGCUGCUGGUCAAGGGAGGAGCUGGAGACAAGCCGGAUGAAUUUAUUAAAGAAAGUGUUCUGCGUAUCCUACCAGGACGGAUCGACCGAAGACUCGGAAUGAUCAAAGAAACCUAUGCUGGCUAUACGGCACUCGAAGUGCCUGAUUUCGAGUCUUUUGGAGACGACGAUUCAAAAGAAAUAUCCGCAAUGAAAGCCUUGGCGAAGUACCUAUCGGUCGUGAUAGAAAAGAAUCCAAAGACAUUUAGGAUUUUCUCGCCCGAUGAAUUUGAGAGCAAUAAACUGGAUGGUGUUUUUUCAAAAACGACAAGGAACUUUCAAUGGGAUCCAGAGACUGCGAACAAAGGCGGUCGGGUAAUCGAGAUGCUAUCCGAACACACAUUACAAGGGUUUCUUCAAGGAUAUACCCUCACAGGCCGGACCGGUUUAUUCCCAUCAUAUGAGGCAUUCAUUGGCAUUGUUACUACGAUGGUUGAACAAUUUGCAAAAUUCCAGAAAAUGGCUCUGGAUACCAAAUGGCGCGGCGAUAUUCCUUCUCUCAAUUAUAUCGAGACCUCAACUCUCUGGAGGCAGGAGCACAACGGCUAUUCCCAUCAAAAUCCAAGUUUUAUCGGCCAGCUGCUAACUCUACCUCGGAACAUGUUCCGCAUAUAUUUACCUCCCGAUGCAAACUGCGCUUUAUCCGUAAUGGCACACUGCUUGAGAUCGAAGAACUAUGUCAACCUUAUUGUUGGUAGCAAGGCUGAAAGCCCUUCAUUCCUGACCACCGAAGAAGCCAAACGACACUGCAUCGCAGGUGGUUCGGUCUGGAAACGUUUUUCGACUGAUGAGGGUAGAAAUCCGGAUAUCACUUUGGUGGGAAUUGGUGUUGAAACAACUACCGAAGUCAUCGCCGCUGCUACGCUACUAAAGAAAGAAGGUGUCCGAGUCCGAGUUGUGAAUAUUGUUGAUCUAACUAUCCUUGGCGAACCGGGAGGACACCCACAUGCUCUAAGCCACGAUGCAUUUGAUGCUCUAUUCGGAAAGGACACGCCAGUCAUAAUCAAUUUUCACGGUUAUCCAUUGCACGUCAAAUCUUUGCUCUUCGCCCGUGACCAGGCGUUGUCAAGGAGGAGAUUUGAAGUUCUCGGAUAUAUUGAGGAAGGAACUACGACCACCCCAUGGAGUAUGCUGCGGCUGAAUAAAGCUGGGCGUUACGAUAUCGCAUCUAGAGGGGUUUCUAUGAUUGCAAGUCAUGAGAAGGACCACCCAAUAUGCCCGAGGUCCCAUGAAUUGAGUACAUAUUUCUUGCACAAGAACGAAGUCGAGGCUCGUUAUGCAUUUGAGCAUGGUCAGGAUUCAGAGGAAGUCACGGGCCAUGUGAUCUGA